UGCGGGUAUCGAUGGGGGCCGGUCUGAAGAUGUUAAUGGUCAAGGACACAAGGAGUUCCAAUAAAAUAAUCAGAGAUACUAGCAGCUCUAAAUACAUCCAUGAGAAUAUAAGCCAUAAUUCUCGACAUGUAGUUGAUGAAAUUACCAAUAUUACUUCCCAACAUAUUGUUAAGAAUGCAAGCAGCAGCCGGAAUAUAGUUGGGGACGUAAGUAAAUCUCUACCUUUGGUGGAUGGAAUUAGUAAUAGCUCUCAGCAAACAGUUAAGAACAUCACGAACAGCUCCCACCAAUUGGUUAAGGAUAACGACAAUUUACAGCACAUAGCUAAAGUUCCAGAGUUUGUCCCAAAGGAAGUAGUACUAGAGCCAGUCUGCAAUUUCACGAUAAGGUCAGACUUUUGCGAGACCAACCAUGAUAUAUUGAUUGAUGGAAGUUCCGCCUCUGUAUUUAUUCCUUCAAGUACUCAUCAAACAGGAAUCUCGUCACAAAACAGUUCAUGGAUUAUCAGGCCUUAUGCUCGAAAAGGAGACGAAGCCGCAAUGAAUAGCGUAAGGAAAUGGUCAGUAAAGUCAGUGAUUGAUCCCCAACAACUCCCACAAUGCACCAAAAAUCACAGCGUUCCAGCCAUUAUUUUCUCCAAUGCAGGAUAUGCAGGAAACCAUUUCCAUGACUUCACUGACAUCGUUAUUCCUCUGUACAUGUCUUCUAGACAGUUCAACGGAGAAGUCCAAUUUCUCAUUACAGACAACGGAUAUUGGUGGAUCAAGAAGUUCAGAAAGCUACUCAAGAAGCUGUCUAGAUAUGAUAUCAUCGACAUUGACAAAGAAACUGAUGUCCACUGCUUUCCAAGAGGGAUUAUUGGCCUUAAACGCUAUGACGGUAGAGAGCUGACCAUUGAUCCUUCUAAGUCUUCUCAAUCCAUGAAAGACUUCAGGGAGUUAUUAAGAAGUUCAUAUUCAUUACCCAGAGCUACAGCUAUUAAAAUCAAGGAUGGUGAAAAGAAAAAGCCUCGACUUCUGAUUAUUUCUCGAAAGAGAACACGGUCUUUUACAAAUGCAGGUAAAAUUGUUGAAAUGGCUAGAAGAUUAGGAUACAAAGUAAUUGUGGCGGAGGCAACAAUGAACGUACAAAAAUUUGCAGAACUUGUAAAUUCUUGUGAUGUACUGUUGGGAGUUCAUGGAGCUGGGUUGACCAACAUUGUUUUUCUUCCUGAAAACGCGGUGGUUAUCCAAGUAGUACCAUUAGCGAAGGAAUGGUUAUCAAGAUUUUAUUUUGAAGAGCCUUCAAUGGCUAUGAAUUUGAGUUACUUGGAGUACAAGGUCAGAGCAGAAGAAAGCAGUCUAAUACAACAAUACCCACUUGAUCAUCAAGUCCUGAAAGACCCCUCCUCCAUCCGGAAACAAGGAUGGGAAGCAUUUAAGUCAGUGUACUUAGACAAACAAAAUAUACAGCUUGAUUUGAAACGGUUUAGAGGUACUCUGCUAAAAGCCCGUGAGCUUUUGUCUCGCUAG